CCAACGUUGACCCAGCCGCACGCUUACCGGUCAAUAAAUCGAUUCACGGCCUGGUUUGCUGACAAAUGAAAGAUGGAUGCCAAACGGAUCAAACUGGAUGCGGACGACGAAAAUUCACCUCUUCGGCAUCUGCACCUUCGACGUCCAAAGUGACGCUUGAUCAGCUGAAGUCCACAAAUCCAAGAAUCGUCAACACUACUCUGCUGAAGCUGAAAUCAAUGCUAAGAAGCAGACAAUCAAUAGAAAGAUUUAUGGAUCCUCAGUCACAGAAGUUCUCCGCUGUCGUGGACAUUUUCCUUCAGGCUGCUACCGAACUUGCGAACAAAACACCGGAGUCCUUGUCUAUACUGAAACAAUCCAUCAGCAUCAUUGCCAACUGUUGUAAUUACUCGAUCUCGGCUUGUCUCAAAAUGACAGCUCAGCGAAUUGCGUUCACCCAUAUAGCAGUGCGGAUCUUCGAAAGUGGAACCCUUGCUCAAGACUGCAAAACUUCUAUGGCUCGUCUCGUAGCGAAUAUGUGCGCGCAUAAGGAAUCUGCAAUGUGUGUUGCAUCGAACCCGUCACUUGUUGACCGGCUGGUGCUCUUGUUGGAGACGGACGAUGCUAGUGCUACACAAGCGCUUCGAGCCAUACGUGGACUAAUCGCUUGUUCAUAUAUAAAGGAGCCCCUAGCAGAGGUAAUGGGAGAUUUUACAGUGUUGUAUUGGCAAAUAGCGCGUCUGCAGGGCAUAGACCAUCGCGAAAGUCGUCUCAACCCCGCCCCCUCGUUCCGGAUCAGCCUACCUGCCGUAUUUCCCAGCGCAUACGAACGUUAG